UUCCCGCACCCCGGGGGUGAGUCCCUGCGCCGGCGCACCCGAAAUCGCCGGAUUUCGCCCCAAUUCGAAGGGCCGGGGUGGGGGAGGGGUGGGGGGGGCCCUGGUGUACGACGCGUUUUGCGCUAAUUGCAGCGCGGGGUCAUUAACGGCUAAUUAACCCGCCGCGAUAAUCGUCACCGUCGCGAUUCGCUGCGCCGGCCCCUCGCGUUAAUUACAACCCAGCCGAUUAAUUACAACCCAUUGAGUCGCGACCCGUCGCGUUAAUCGCGACCCAUCGCAUUAAUCGCGACCCAUCGAAUUAAUUGCGACCCAUUGAAUUAAUUGCGAGCCAUUGAAUUAAUCGCGACCCGUCGCUUUAAUCGCGACCCAUCGCACUUAAUCGCGACCCAUCGCGUUAAUUGCGACCCAGUGAAUUAAUUACGACCCGCCGCGUUAAUCGCGACCCAUAGGAUUAAUUGCGACCCACUGAAUUAAUUACAACCCACCGCAUUAAUCACAACCCAUUGAGUUAAUUGGAACCCAUCGCAUUAAUUACGACCCAUCGAAUUAAUCACGACCCGUUGCCUUAAUUACAACCCGUUGCGUUGAUCGCGACCCGUUGAAUUAAUUGGAACCCAUCACAUUUAAUCGCGACCUAUCGCGUUAAUUACGACCCAUUGGCUUAAUCACAACCCGUCGCGUUAAUUACGACCCACUGACUUAAUCGCGACCCCUCGCAUUAAUUGCGACCCACUGAAUUAAUUACGAUCCAUCGAAUUAACCGCGACCCAUCGCUUCAAUCGCGACCCAUCGCACUUAAUCGCGACCCCUCGCAUUAAUUACGACCCGCCGCAUUAAUCGCGACCCGCCGCGCCAACCGCGACCCACCUCAUUAACCGCCAUUAAUCACGCUAAUUACCAUUCGAGGCGUCCGCUGGCCAUUCCUCGACCCGCCCGCGACAACCGCGACCGCCGCGGCCGAACGCCCUCCGGCGUGCCCCCCCCCCCCCCCAACCGUGGGCUCGUUAACCAACGAACUAAUUAAUCGCCGGGGAUUUAACCGGGCUGGCGAGAUGCCGAAGGGCCCGCGGCAACGCCCGGCGGAGCGGUACCGCCUGAAGUACAGCCGGUUGCGACAGGCGGCGCGGGCGUUGGUGUUCGAGAACGGGGCGCUCUGCGACGAGGUCGCCCGGCUGGAGGCCAAGUGUCUACGGGCGCGAGACGAACGACGGUUCCUCCUCACCCGGCUCCUCCAACUCCGGGCGACGGCGGGACCCGAGGAGAUUCCCGGUGACGUCACCGUCCGUCGACCUCGUCGCGGCGGUUCGCGGGCCGACGGGUCGAGAGAUGGAGGGAAAGACGCGGCGCGGUCAACCGGAACGAGAGAUGGGUCGAGGGAUGGGGCGCGGUCAACGGGGUCGAGAGAUGGAGCGAGGUCGAGCGGGUCAAGAGAUGGGGCGAGGGAUGGGGCGUGGUCAACGGGGGCGAGGGACGGGGCGAGGGAGGAGCCGAGGUCAACGGGGGCGAGGGACGAGGCGCGGUCAACGGGGGCGAGGCCGGUUGGGUCGAGAGACGGGGCGAGGCCAACCGGCUCAAGAGAUGGACCGAGAGAUGGUCCAGGAGAUGGGUCGAGGUCCAACGGGCCAAGGGACGGCCCCAGAGAUGACUCCAGAGACGGGUUGAGGCCAACGGGGCCGCGGGACGGCCCAAGAGACGACUUGAGGCCGAACGGACCGCGUGGCGGCCCCAAGCUGGACGUGCCGCCGGCGACCAUCUUGACGUCAACCGAAGACACCUCCAGCCCGGCCGGGCUGCCGGCGGCCAUCUUGAGGACACCUCCAUGCCGGCGCGGCGGGACGUUGACCCUGCCGUUGGCGUUGGGACCUCUGACGGUGCACAGCCUGGGUGUGGGCGGCGCGGGGCCGGGGGCCAUCUUGCCCGUUGGCUUCCGUAGCACCCGCCUCUUCACCAGCACCCGCCGGCCGGCCCGCCGCUGCCUCUACACCUGCCGGAUCGUGGCCGGCCCCCGCUGCGAGAUCGCGUCCGAGGACGAUCCGGGGAGGGUGCUGGUGGGUCCCACGCCCGACGUCUGCCACGGCCGACUCCUCCAGGUCCUGGGGGACGCCGGGGUGCGGCCCCGGGCGAUGCCACCGGCCCCCGGUGCCGGCGACGAUUUCUUCGGCCUCGCCCACCCGGCUGUCCGUCGGCUGCUCCAGGGUGAGGCCGGGGCCUUCCUCCACCCCGAGGAGGAGGAGGAAGACGAGGAGGAGGAGGACGAGGAUGAUGACGAUGACGAGGACGAGGAAGAGGAUGAUGAGGAAGAAGGGGCCGCCCCGGCCUUCGCCUACGCCGACGUCUUCCUCGGCAGCCCCGCUGGCUCCGACGAGUGACCGCCCCCCACCCAAAUAAACGACCCUGUCCUCUG